CACUCAAGCUAUCCAUCUCUAAGUCUGUCAACCUCGGUACUACUUACUAGUACAAUACGGGGAAUAUCUGGUAACCACUUUAUGUUUCCAUACUACCCAUGGGCAUCUUUCCAACACUCACCAAGCCACUUCUUUCCUUCCCUCUCUCCUCUACCACCAUAUACAUCACAAACUUUCCAUCUCACUUCGCAAAGUACAUUAACAACCUACACACUCUCGUUUCUAUCUUCCACACUUUCACAUUCUCACAACUAACGUCUCAAAAAAGCAGCAUAUCUAACCACCACCAUGUCGGCCGGCAAACCUCCCAAGUGGUCCGAGAAUGAGAAGGUCUCAUUUCUCGUCCAAGCAAUCCAGGCCUUGAGCGGCAGCAGCGGCUUCCCGUAUGACUCCGUCAACCUGCCGGGCCGUACCAAGCGAAGUAUGAUGCAUGCUUGGACAGCCGCCCGUGCCCAGCACGCUACUUUCAUGUCGCACUCCCCGAGCGACGACGAUCCGGCUGUCACCCCCAGUCCCAGCCGUGGCAAGGGAUCUAGGAAGAGAAAGUCGAAGCCCGAGGACUUCGCUGGUGACGAUGACGAAGAUGUCAAGCCUCGCUCCAAGAAGGCGUCUUUUUCUUCCACUUCAAGCAAGAUCUCAGCUGGAGCUCCCGACGAUGAAAUCGGCAAAGUUAAGGGAGAGCCUGAGUCAUCGGCGGGUGAGUCCAGCAACAAGCUUCGCAACGAUGAAGCAUAAGUUCAUUCUCUUUGAGAAUGACUAGUCCUUGGCUUUCGACGGAUGGGGUUUUCUGAGUCAUCCGAAAAAAAUGGCAUUAUGGGAGGUUAUUAUGCACAAAUUAUGCUAUAUCUCUUAUUUCUGCACACUUACCAGUGCGGAUUACUGCAGUUGUCUUGCAUCGUUCACCAUCGCUAUUAGUCAAGAUGAUGAGUUUCUUUUUGCUGGACAUAGAUAGGAAUCACGGAAUAGCCGUGAGUGCGUCGAUGAAACUUGCCUAUUCUAGCAGCAACAUAAAUGAACUUUUUUUCUGGGUUUCCUCUACU